GCCAAACAUAAUUUCGAUGCAUUUAAAAACGACUCAUAAACAUAAAAGGAGGUUGCUGUUAAAAGUCAAACUUUUUUACAAUUUAAUUAAAAUACUUGGUAUAAACAGUUGGUGUUAUAAUACGCUAAAAUAUUCCGGUGACAAUUAGAAAAAACUGGUUGCGAAACAUCUCAACUUAAAAGGAAAUGGUGGCUAUUAGGCGGCCAAAACUAAAUUGUUAUUUGAGAUUCAAGCAUCUCACUAUAAAAGGAUGCGGUUGGUUUGAUCUUAGAGAAAAAUAAAAACAAGAUAUUCCUAAAACGUUUGGAGACAAUGAUAUGACUCGAUUAUGGGAAACAAUAUGGCGGUUUCGCGCCGAAAACGCAUUCCAUUUUUGAAAUAUUCAAACAUUAUAAAAAUAACGAUCGCAUAUCACUGUGAAUGUUCGAAAAACAAAAUUUCAAUGUCAAAUAUACAAAGAGUUGCUACUUCGUGUAUAAAAGAAGUUAGCAUGCAGGUUGCAAAUGGUUUGUCAAUAUUAGGCUUAAAUAAAAUGCCAAAUUCCAAUUUUAAAAUAUGGUUACAAAACGUGAUACCGUAUAGAGUGGUGGGUGCAAACUGGUCGUCGACAUUUACGACCAGUCUAGAUCUGAUGAUCUUGACCUGGUUGCACCGAGGAGCGCCGAGUGCGAGAUCCGAAAAACACGCUGGCUCACCAAACCGCCCACGACCACAACGUGAAUCCAAAACAUGAGCAGCCGAAACCCAAAGACGAUGACUUCGACGUCAACGAGUACUUCGCUCGUCUCCAAGGCACGAGAUACGUCAGCGCCCCCCUGAACAGCCAGAUCGAGACCCUCACCACGGAGAACUUCGAGGAGGUCAAUCUGGAGACUGCGGAGCCUGAGAGGGAGCAGCAGAGUCUGACGGCGGAUAUUGCGCAGAAUUUUUCUCAACUGCCAACCGUUUUGCCCCACGUUGCUAGUGCUGUUUUUAGCUCCUUCUCGAACAUGCUCAGCUUGAAGAGCAGGGAGGUGACGCCUGAUGAGAGGGAGAAGGAGGUGCCGCAGGUGGUUCAGGAUGUCCCGGCACCGCUGAAGGAGCCGCCUAUUGGAGGCGGUGGUAACUUCCGAAUAUCGGCGAAAAAGAAGUACGCACAGAUACCUGGUCUCAGUUCAGGGGGACAGCAGACUGGUGUCAACCCAAUUCAACCCCCCACCAUGCCAGAUAAUACUCAAAAAGGAAGCGAAUCACACAUAAACUUCUUUACGGAAGCGACGCAGAAUAUAUACCCAAAUAUUGGUUAUGGUAAUGCCAAUGUUGGUUCAAAUUUUGGAAAUCAAAACGUUUUCUCACCUAAUGUUGGACAAAUUGAAGUAAAUACGAAUGUAAAAGAUGGUUUUAAUGCAAAGGAAAGCGGGCUUAACGUGAAAGAUGAAUUUAAUGUAGCGCAAGUCAACCUUAAUUUCGCAGAACCAAAGGAAAUUGGUGCUAAUAUGUUUGCACAGAAAGAUGGAAAUCCCUUGCCACCAAGCCAAUAUCCAGUGCAAGGAUCAACGCCUGUGAUCCCUCCUCCUCCAAUGUUCUCUAAUCGACGAGAUGGCCAAUCUGCUGGCAAGUCAGUGUUACCACCAUCUGUUGCUAGGCGGAUAUCUGCUAACCAUCCGAUAAUGAAACCCCAAGUCUCUGCUACUACUGUUAUAGACAAUAUCUUUGUACCAACAUUUGAUCAAACUAACGUACAAACAUCGGCCUCACAAGCUCUGCCACCAAUGAUUCAGGAAUCAUCCAAACCGCCGAUAUUUGUGCCAACGUUCCCUGCUUCUUCGGAGAAUGUGCCCAUUAUGCCAAUGCCAAUCGGACAAUCAAAUGUAUCAUCACAGGCUCCAAAACCGCCUAUUGGGCCAUCUUUUGCACAAACCUUGGAUUCCAAUAUACAUACGUCCGAAAGUAACACAUCACAACCAGAAUUGAGUGCUGUACCAAUGUUUACACCAACAUCUAGCUUUGCAAAAGAUUUCGGACCACCAUUAUCAGGAAUAUCGGCAAAUGUAUCACAGGCCUCAAAACCACCUAUUGGUUCAACUUUUCCACCUACCUUGCAAUCCACUAUAUCCGCGCCAGAAAGUAAAACACCACGACCUGAAUUGAGUUCUGUACCAAUGUUUGCUCUAACCUCUAGUUUUGAAGACGCUCCACCAAUAUCAUCAAGUACUGGCCCGUCUAUAUUUACACCGACUUUGCCUACAAACACCUUUUCAUCUGCAAGUACUGCAACCGGACCGUCAAUUUUCACACCAUCUUUACCACCGAAAACUACGUCAGAAUCUACAUCAGCUUCUGAACAAAUACCAAUGUUUGCCGCCAAUAUAUCUGGUGCAACUGGCUCGUCUAUAUUUUCACCAACGUUGCCUCCAGCACCAGUAUCCACGGUAGCUUCUCAACCAGAAGUACCGAUGUAUAGCAACGCAACAAUAUUUGAUCCAACCAAAGCUGCUCAACCAUCAGCCAAUAUUGGACCAUCACACCAACCCGCACCUCCAACAUUUUUCAAUCCUCAACACAAACCACAAAUGACCCAAGAAAAUACUCCAGAAACCAAACCGUUGAUUGAACCGCCAAAAUCUACUGGAAUUUCGAAUUACAGGAUGACGAAAAAGAGACCUCAGUAUUACUCAGGACCUAUUGAAGGAGUCGGUGCUAUCAGUAACAAUGUUAAGCCUGUAAUACCUCCUGUUGAUGCAGGAGCUUUUCAAGGCGCUUUGUUAGCUCCAGAACCUACUCGACCAUUCCCCGUGCAGGCUUUAGAAACUGAAUCAGCUACACCUUUUGAUAUUAGCAAGCCUUUUACUCAACCGGAAUACAACACAGCGUUUGAUUUGAGUCGGCAAACAACUGAAUUAUAUGAUCAACAACCAGAGAAGCAAGAAACAAAAACAUUUGGAUUAAUCGGAUCUCUGAAAUCGAAACUUAGUUCGAUAGAUAUCAAUAAGAUACAAAAUACCGUGACAACGUUCUUCGAUCCUGCUUACAACGAGCCUAAAGUAGAAGGACAUAGUGCACGGGAAACAACCCCUUCUGAACAGAAUACGUAUCAAUCAUUCGGACAAAGUAAUUUUGAGAUAUUCGUGCCAAGCGUCGAUCAAACCAAUCAAACUUAUAAUUAUCAGAACACGAGUUAUUAUAACCAACAAUAUUAUCAACAGAAUACUUAUAAUUAUUACGAUCAGGGACAAACAAACCCUGCAGCCAGUUAUUAUCAAAAUCCAAAUUACCAAACCCAAACUAAUACAGGUCCACAGGCAAGCGCGAGUUAUACGCAACCAAUUGAUACAAACGCUGAUUAUGGACAACCGAUUGUAAAAACAGAUGCAAACAUUCAAAGUGCAGAAUUAGAAAGUCAUAAAGCAGACGUAAAAGAAAUUUCUAGUCAAAUUCUAAAGCCUAUUGAAACGACACAUUCCGAUAAAAUAGAUGAUAUAAGUAAAACAGAAGUAGUCCAAGAACAAGUAGUUGCAGCUAGUGAUUCAAAUAUUCCAGUAGAUAUACAGAAGCCAGUCCAUGACUUAACUUCAGUCAUUGAUUUCUCAGCUAAGAGUUUCUUUGAUUCACCUAUGACUGAAACGCUCAAAGAAGAAACGAAAUCUAUUGAUUUGCUGUACGCUACAGGUGAUAAAGCUGAAAAAGAUACUAGAAAUAAAGAUAUAAAGUCGAAAAUGGAUUUUACUUUCAAUGAUCUUAAUGAUAGGGGAGAAGACAAGAUUUUCGAUGAAGUUCUAAGCUCUAUAAUUGGAGAAGAGUCUCCCAUUGGAAGUAAACCACAUGCAAAAGCAGAAGGAUCUAUUAAGCCUAUAGAAACAAAACCCUUCUUCCCAGAAUUAGUCGAACCGUACCGUCCAAUGACAUUUAUAAGUCCACCGGAAGUUAAGAAAGAGAUAUUCCCGAGUGCAAGUAUUAUAAAACCAGGUCCAGACAUACAAAUACGUGAGACUAACCUUCUGGAAUCUUUAACUACUGAUGCAAUACCCAUUGUAGCUGUUUCAUCCGUUCCCCUUUUCGGCCUUUCUACAAUCAUUGCUGAUAAAUCUAAAGAACAUGCUAAAAGUGAUCUUAAACCUGCAUCCUUAUUCGAAGUUCCAAAGGAUACAUUCUUUGACAAAAACGCAAGUAUAAGCUUCUUUGAACACAUUCAACCUCCCAAAAAAAAUCCAGAAGUGCAAAGCUUAGACCAAACUUCAGCAAAUUUGGCGCAGCAUUCUGCAGAAAUGCAGUAUUUGUAUGACAAUUCCAAAGAGGAGAAAAUAAAAAGUGUUUUUGAAGAGAAAGUACCAAGUGCUCCAGAACUAUUAGAAGAAGGCGUUUCAGAACUGAGUAUAUGUGAGACUUGUCGCGAAUUCAAUAAGCCAGAAGAUAAAGAGACAGAAGAUCUAACUACACAGCUUAUUGAGAACAUUACAUCUCGCAUACAACUGUCUAAUCCAGUUGAAGCUCCUUUAACUGAAGGAGAUUCAGUUGAAAAUAGAACUGAGUUUGACAGCACACAACUGGCAGAGAUUAAGCAUAUUACAGAAGAAACUAUAGACACUAUCAACGUUCAAUCUGCUACAGAACUUCUUGAUGAUGAAGACAAGGAAAUGAAUCCUAGGAAUUAUGGGUGGAGCGAUCCUGAUUCAUAUCCUACGAAAGCCUUAUCUGACCACGAUUACUCUUUCAAACUAGAUCCAAACUCCAUAGGAUUUUUUGGAAACAACUCUUUGUUUUUCGAUAAUGUGCCGAAUAAUGCCAGUGAUGAAAUUAAAGCUGAGUUCAAGAAUUCACAUGAAGAUAUGCUGACGAGGCAAGUUAGUGUACCGUCAGCGCCUCCUGCUGAAGAUGAUACUAAAUCAGAUGAAACUGGCGGUUUGGAUGUUCAUUCUAUAGAACAAGAUGCUAAGAAAGACUUUCCUAUUUACGAAGAAUUUGUUAUAGAGCCUUCUGAGACCGAUGAUGACAAAAUUGAAUAUAAAGAAAGAGAGAAAUCAGAGGAUCCGAUUCCCGAAAUAGAUUCAUUCACAAAUCGCGUCGAGAGGUUCAAGAAAAUGGAGGAGCAUGUCGAACCGGAAGAAAUAUUCGACAAGAAAUGCCUCUUUGAUAUCAAACCUAAGAACAGUCCAGCGAUUUCAAUCGCCUCGUAUUUUGAUACGGGAAAUUAUGCAGCAGAGACACAUUAUAGGAAUUCUUUAAAUUCUCCGUCAACCAAUUUUCACUUCAGUCCCGCGAACAUCCCUAUGCGGAUCCCACCAGGAUUCGAAGAAGAGUACCACAGACGCAUGAGCGGCAUCUCUGUUCAAGAUAAAAUGGAGUUAGAGAGAUUAAAAUUAGAUAUACAUUACAUACCAGAAACUUCGACGCAAACCCCGCACACUGCUACUGCGACGUAUGUUAGCAGCCAGUCGGAAGAUACCGAAGUCGGCUUUGACAUCAAAUCUAACUUAGUGAGUCUAGUCGAAGAAGACUCAAACACUCCAACACCUACUGAAGUUACAGAGCCAGAUGAAUCGAUAAACCAACCUGUCAUAAAAGAAGAAAACGCCGCACUACCAGAUCCUAUAAACUUCUUCUCUAGCGAGCAAUCAGACGAUGCUCCAGAAACAUUUAACCGCCUAGCUAGCUACUUCUCGUCGCCAAAAGAAAACAAAUCAUUUUUUGAUUCAAACCAAAACAAAGCCAACAUAAACACAACUAAACCGCACAAGUCUUUUUUUGAGUUGAGCCAGGGUCAAAAUCAUUAUAUAGAUAGGAACAUACCGGACGAUAGGCGAGCGAUUUUAGACGUAAUGGAAGAUCUAACCUCAGUCCAAAACAUAGUAGUUACUAAAGAACAAAUAGUUAGAACUGUCAACUAUUUCACAGUAGAAUACGAUAAAGUUACGUUCGAUGAAAUCAAAACACAAAAAGACAUUGACGAUAACUUCACUUCGGUAGUUGACUGUGAAUUUUGCUUUAAAAAUACAUUGAAUAAUUUGAUAGACGGUAAAUAUAAUGUUAGGCAAUUAAUGAACGAUAGUACGGAAAGGAAAAGAGAUAGCGAAACUAUGGAAAAUAAUAAUGAAUCCAGAAAAUCGGUCACGUUGAAUUUGGAGUCGUAUGAAUUGCACGAUGACGCUAAAGAUGGAGUUACUGUUGUUCACGAGAACCGUUCCUCGUCUGAUUAUUCUCCGGUGAAAUACCACUGGUUCUACAGCGUGGAUGUCGAAGAUAAAUCAAUAUGGCGGGGCUUUUCCAUAACAGACUCCAGAGCGCUUGAAGAGGCGUACAAUAGCACUGAUCUAAACGAGGACACCGUGGUGGCGACUGAUGGUGGAAGGUACGAUGUGAAUGUGAUGAAGAGGUUGCGAACAGCGGUGUAUUGGACGGAGAAGUCGACUGAUGUUAGCAGGUGCAGCUGGUUCUACAAAGGUCCCACUGACGCCAGAUACGUGCCUUACUCCGAAGAAGUGGCGAAGAAGCUCGAGGAGGAAUACCACCACGGAAUGACGACAGGGGAGUGGCACAGGCGUCUCCUGCUCCCCAACAACGAGCUGGUGGUGAUGCACGGGCCCAGCGUGAUGGUACACUUCCUGAACAGCGGCGCUGCUGACGCCUUCAGCGCGCCACCCCUGUUCGCAUUCGGCAAGCGGGUGUACCGCAACCCGCCGAAAAUACGCGUCGCUCGCGACCAGCCCUCGAAGAUGGAUCACCUGAUUCUCCUGGUCCACGGCGCUGGAGAAUACAGGAGUCAGAAGGAGAAGAUUCAGUCCACGUCGCGUCCUCGCGUGGUCCGUCGAGGACAUGACGAGUCGGAGAUCGAGGACACGGAGCCGUCCAGCAUCGACCACCUGCUGCUGCUGUGCCACGGGGUUGGAUCCGCGUGUGACAUGCGGUUCAGGUCCGUGGAGGAAGUCGUGGACGACUUCAGAGCUACGAGUCUUCAACUGGUCCAGUCACAUUACAAGAAUUCGUAUGACAACGGUACCGUCAGCAGAGUAGAGGUGCUCCCAAUAUCGUGGCACUCGACGCUACACUCAGGGGAGACUGGUGUGGACAGGAGGCUGGCCCAAAUCACACUGGACAGUAUGCCACGAUUACGUAACUUCACCAAUGACACUGUCCUGGAUGUGUUGUUCUACACGAGUCCCGUCUACUCGCAGACUAUAAUCAACACGGUCUGCAGCGAGUUGAACCGGAUCUACAACCUGUUUGUGAAGCGCAAUCCUAACUUCACUGGUCGCGUGUCGCUCGGCGGCCACUCGCUCGGCAGCGUCAUACUGUAUGACCUGCUCUGCCAUCAAACUCCGGAGCCUCAAAAUGGCAGCCUACCGGCCAAGAAGCUGGUCAACGGCCCGACCGGAACUAGCCAGCUGAGCAUCAAGUACCCCACGUUGGUGUUCCGACCCGCCGCCAUGUACGCGCUGGGGAGUCCCAUAGCCAUGUUCGAGUGCAUCCGAGGAGUAGAGUCACUGGGUACUGAGUUCGCAUUGCCGACUUGCGAUAAUUUCUUCAACAUUUUCCAUCCGUAUGACCCUAUAGCGUACAGAAUUGAGCCGCUGAUCAACCCGCGCAUGAGGGAUGUGAAGCCCUCCCUAAUACCGCAUCACAAGGGAAGGAAGAGGAUGCAUUUGGAGUUAAAAGACACGAUGUCGCGAGUAGGCGCGGACCUCAAGCAGAAGCUGAUAGAGUCACUGCGCACCACAUGGAACAAGUGGAUGUCGCAGCCUCCCACUGACGGGCAACUAGAGAAGGUAGUUGAAGAAGAAAUGGAGAAGGAACAACUCUGUGACGAGAGUAAAGAGGAGUUCGAGAAACAGCUGGCGUCGUCCGGCAUGUCGGGCCGUCUGAACGGCGGCAGGAGGGUCGACUACGUCCUGCAGGAGGCGCCGCUCGAGCUCAUCAACGAAUACCUGUUCGCUAUGAGGAGCCACGUCGGCUACUGGGAGAGCGAAGAUACAAUGCUUCUGAUGCUGCGCGAAAUAUACGAUGCGUUGGGUGUGCAGCCUGACGGUACUUUACCACAACAGGGCAUGACUGUACAACGGACUAAGAAUGCUAGGGACGAGACAAUUAUAAUCGACCAUCCCUCAACCAGCCGUGGCGGCACGUGAUAAGAAAACAGAAUAUUCCAUUUUUUAUAUAAUUAAAAAUAAUAGAAAAUCAGUUAUGAAGACAUUAACACAAAAAUAGACUUAAAUAUCACAUUAAUAAAGUUAAAAAUGCAAUGACACCGAAUAAUUAAUGUUUUCAGAAACUAGGGAUUUGGUUUUGGUAUAAAAAAAGUUAUUUUUGAAAAAAAAUGCAAAAAACUAAUUGCACCAAUGUUUUUUUUUAUUAUAUGCUUUGUUAAUAAAAUUGUUUUUUUUUUUAGCAGCCAAAUUUAUUGUCAUAUUGUAGUAAUGUAAAAACUUAUGCUAUCAGAAUAUAUUAAAUGUUAUUUAGCUAAGAACACCGCGCAAAUCGAAAUAAAAAAAAGUAAUCAUGAAUUUUUUGCUCGAGCACUAUUUAACAAAUUAUAAUAUUUUAUAUAACGUAUUUGGUUUUUCAAGAUAUAAGCUAGCUUUACUUGAGAACAACUGGCAGUUGUCUUCCGUAACUUUUUUGUAUAAAGAUUUUUCAGUUUCACUGCCCUACUCAGUUCAUUCUAAAGAAAUAUACCUAAAUAUAGCAAUAUUUAAAUGGUUAAAAGAAGUUUAAUAAUAAAUAAAUAUAAUUCCUUACUUUGAAUCCCUAUCCAUCCGAAAAAGCCGAUUCAUUUUUUUAUGUUCAAGAUAUGUAUAAAAAAAACUUUCAAAAUAAAAAGAUAUAAUAAAUAUUGAAAAAUGUUCCUACCUUCCUUUUUGUAAAAGAUAUUUAAUUUAGAUUCGCUGGAAAAUGCUAAAAAUUACUUCCGCAGUUCUGUUAGCUCAAAACUUUGGAAUUGACUUACGCCAUUUGUUAGCUAAAAACUGAAAAUUCCUUAUGCGGUUUUGUUAGAUAAAUCUUUGAAAAUUACUUACACGAUUUUGUUAGCUAAAAACUUGGAAAAUUACUUACGUGGUUUUGUUAGUUAAAAACUUUUAAAUUACUUAUGCGGUUUUAAUAGUUUAAAAAUUAGAAAAUUACUUACGCGGUUUUGUUAGUUAAAACCUGAAAAGUUCUUACGCGCUUUUGUAAGCUAAAAACUUGGAAAAUUACUUACGCGGUUUUGUUAGCUAAGCAACUUGUUUUAGUACUAUUGUCAUCCACACAUUACUUUAGACAAUAAAUUCGAUGUUUUUAUAUAAGUAAAUUAUUUUUGAAAUAAAUCCUUAUUAACCGAGAUUUUAUUUUUAUAAACAGUUUUAUUGUAGUAUAUUAGUCAGCUGCAAAAAUGGCUGAACAUAUUUUAAACUUAUCACUUAUGUGAAGGUUUUUUAUUUAAAGUAAUAUAACUCUUAUUUAUUUUUUUGUGGAGUUUUAGUAUUGAAUUUGUUCAGCUGUGUUUGGGGUUGAUUGUACUUAACAUACCCUACGUGAUAGAUACCCUAAUUUUGGAAAACCAUGUCUUCAAAAUUGAUUUUCCACAAUAUUUAUUAUCUAUAAUAAGUAAAUAUUCAGACAUACGCAACGCACAAUCGUUUUGUCGUAUUCCCUGCGUAAUAUCUUAUAAUAUUGUAGGUAUUGAGUAAUUUCUUUCAUAUUCCAACUUCCCAUUUAAUUUAAUAACCCAUAAUUAAUUUAAUAGACCAUUCCCAAUACAUAAUCUUCGAUUUGAGCUCGACAACAAACCAAAUAAUCCAUUUCGCACCCUUAGAACUAACUGGACCUAACUGAAAAUGUAUACCUAUAUGUUUUGAUUUUAUUGAAGUUUAUAUAGUAACCUCUUUGAGCAGAUUUAAGUCUAACUAUCGGCCGUAUUGAAAACAUAAUGUUCGAUCUGACUUCGACAUCAAACCAAUUUAAAUAAACCAUUUCGCACCUUUAGAACUAACCUAACCUAAAAUAAAAUUAUAUAUGUUCUCAUUUGGUGAAAACACGUCCUUCCAAAUCAUGCUCUAUAACUCUAUGACGAGAAAAAGACAAAAUUAUAGAAUAUAAACUGAUUCUAACUUUGACGACCCUAUUCCCUGCCCUGCCCUAUUCACUGCCUUCUAUAUUGUUUUCAAAUCUUUUUUAUUAGUUUCUCACAAAUUGUAUUUUUGAGUUAGGUCACUUUUGUUCUAAAGGUGCGAUUUGUAAGCAAGUCAAAUACUUUGUUUUGAUUGCUCCAUAUUCAAUUGAAAUAACGAUUGGUAUCCUUUAAUAAAAACGGCGGUAAACAUACAGUCUUACUUUUAAAAAAUUCGCAAAGCUUAGUUUAAAACACAAAUUUACUGGAUCAGCUGUAAAUCAAAACCCGCCAGGUUUAAACUAGGAACUGGUGAUGUUUUUGACAGCUAUUUAAGCAAUUCUUAACCACCUCUUAACAGUCAAACAAGUUUAUAAGUAAGAUUGUUAUUAAGGCUAUUCCUUCAAUAUGCGAUAACUUAGAACCUUCCGAGCAAAUGCCUCUGAGCAUUCAUUCCAUAAUCUAAUCUCCAUCGAUAUAUACUACGUACUAGAUCUGGCGUUCCGAGCACUCACUGUGUUCAACUGAAAUGUACUGUAAUCUGGUAUUUGUUGCGCUUUAGCAUGAUUAAAGUUUGGUUAGACGAUAUUAAUGUUUUAACGCUGCAGGGAACUUUACUUCCAACUCCGGAUUUUGAACAAAUAGUUUAUAUGGACGUUCGAGUCUAAAAAUAUACGUCAAUGGUUCCACUCUGGCUACGAUUUUGACAAAUGAUUUAUCUAUCGAUUCGUAUUUAUUGUGUGAUAUGAUGGUUAUAUGAUAGUCUAUUUUUGUUUUGUAUCUACUCAUUACUCGACAUUGGCAAAAUCACCUAUAAAUAAACGGUGGCAGCCAUAAUAUAAGAAGAAGAUAGGCUACAUUUUUGUCAUAUUAUUGUCAAAAAAUAUACAAAUCCUUGGCAUUAUUGUUUAUUAUUCGUAUUGAGUACAGUAUACUUUCACAA